AUGGACAGGGGUGCAUCAGAAUACGCGCAGUCAGAUCAAUCGUCUGUCGCGACCUACACCACGCAAGACCCGCGUUCAGCAAACCUCUCGACCAACAACACCCCGCAGUCGGAUUACGGUCUCACACCGUCCUCUGCGCGCUCUUCAGGGUUUCCAUCGGAACAUUUGCGAUACAGCCAAUACUCUCACACGCCGCACCACCCAGGCGCUGUAGGAACCAUGGCACAACCAACAAGUCCGUCAAAGUCCCUGCCAGAUGGAGCCUCCAAUGGCAAUCCAACUGCACAUUCCACCCAUGUGAGGUCUAACUCGGACGUUCCUAUAGAUCCCUCGAUUUCGCAAGCAAGCCCGACCUACCCUCCCUACUCCCCAUACCCGCAAGGGCAGGAUAUGCAGCAUGCCUACCAGCCUCAACACCCGCCUUACAUGCAGCAACGACCGCCGCACGAGCAAUGGGCCGGAUACCCCCCUCAACAUGGCAUGCCUGGUCCCUACCCGCACCCGGGACCAGGUGUCCAAGGACCGCCGCAGACCUCCACUGCGUCGCGAACUGGUCAAGUCUACUCCUUUGUCCCCAUCCCUGGAGCCCAGCAGCACAAACGACCCCGUCGAAGAUAUGAAGAAAUUGAGAGAAUGUACAAAUGUGGGUGGAAUGGCUGCGAAAAAGCAUACGGGACAUUAAAUCAUUUGAAUGCGCACGUCACGAUGCAAUCGCAUGGAACAAAACGAACACCUGAAGAAUUCAAGGAGAUCCGAAAAGAAUGGAAGGCGCGCAAAAAGGAAGAAGAAAACGCGCGUAAGGCCGAGGAGGAACGACAGCGAGCAGCAGCGCAGGCGAGCCAGGUCGAUGGACAACCCGCAGAUGCGCAUCAAGUGCCAGCACAAGGCUAUCAACAGAACGGCGCUCGGCCUUCUCUGCCUCCUAUCGGCUAUCAAUCCACAGAUGGCCAUGCUCAAGGUCAAUACGGCCAACCCCAGGCUGGCAUGGUGUACCCUCAGGGAAACGGCCAAAUGGGCACCUAUGCAAACUAUCCCAACUCCCCCUACGCGCAGCAGGGGCAAGUCUAUCAACAACGCCAAUACUAG